CGCAGCGCCGGGAGAUAACGUUGUUUUCGUUAUCUGCUCUGAUCUCUCUAUAAGUAGAUAGGGAGCCACGCUUGUUAUCGCCGCACUAACAUAAUCCAUCAGAGCUGCUCCCAAUUACUAACAGGUUUCCCUUGAAGAGAGGCAAGGGCCAGGCGGAGCUCGCCGUGCGUCAGCAAUGGCGGCGGCCGCGGAGGUGGGAGCAGGGGACAAGUACCGGUCCUUCAUCCACGGCGAGAGCGAGAAGGACACCGUGUGGAGGUACGGCGCGCCGCCCAACUACGACGUCGUCAACAAGCUCUUCGAGGCGGAGAGGACGCGGGUGUGGCCCGAGGGAUCCCUGGAGGAGAAGGUGCAGCGGCUGCUCAAGACAUGGGAGAUGGAGCUCGUCCACAAGGUCCGCCCCGAGGACCAGAAGACCGUCAACUCCGAAAAGUACUCCGCCAGCAACAACGGGAUGAAGGCCCUGAGCCGGGCGGAGGUGAUGGCGAUCGGCGGGUACAACCACUUCCUGCGCACCAAGCUCCCGCCGGAGCACCGCAUCUUCGACCCGGACCAGGAGACGCUCGACUCCGCCAUGGCCACGUUCCUCACGGCGUUCCCGAGGGGGUUCGCCAUCGAGGUGCUCGACGUCUACAGCGGCCCGCCCAAGAUCGCCUUCAAGUUCCGGCACUGGGGGUACAUGGAGGGGCCAUUCAAGGGCCACCCGCCGCACGGCCAGCGCGUCGAGUUCAUCGGCGUCUGCAUCUUCCACGUUGACGAGGAGAUGAAGGUGGAGAAGUCGGAGUACUUCUACGAGCGCGGCAACUUCCUGGCCAGCUUCUUGAGCCCGCCCGAUGCUGCGCCAGGUUCAGGUUCAGCAGGUUCAGGAUCGGGAUGCCCCGUGAUGCGCUGGAACUGAAUGUCAGCAUGAGCGUGACAGCAACGUACAGCGUGUGUAUCGCGUCUGCUUCUCAUUGAUAGUGAUAAAUCCAUGUCGCACGAAAUAAGAGUUGAAUAUGAAUAAAGUAGUUUGUUUGUUCUCGUAAGAAAAAGGAGAACUUGUUUUUUGUUUCA